CGACGGCGGGUCCGGGCUCGGCUCCCGCGCCGUAUUUGGUCUUCGGGGGGCAGGCGGCGGGAGGGGAGGCGUGCACGGCGGAAGGGGACGCGGGGCGGGUGCCGGUGCGCAGAGGGGCCGCUCUUGCUAGCGCCGCCGCCGCCACCUUGGUUGGGGACCCACGAGGCCGCCGCGUCCUGCCCUCAGAACAAUGGGACUCGGCACGCGAGGUGGCUGGGCCGUGCUGAUGCUGGGGGCGCUGCUGCUGCUAGCCCUGCUGAAGGUCGCUGUGGACAGCUCAGACUCGGGGGGAUCUCCAAACAGCACAGUGAAGUCUGUGCUUCUACAGAACUCCAGUGCUACGCCACCAGGUGAGUUUAAAAAGGUUCAAGAAAUGGAUUUUCAUCUGUCUAGGACACAUAAAGUAAUAUUAGCCAGCAAAGUACAUCAAAGCUGGUACACUGAGCUGUUUUAACUGU